GUAGAAGAAGUAUAUUUGCAUAGUGUAGUUUUAGAACGACAGUUUGAAUAUAACCGAUGUCAUCGAAGUGACUGUACUGGCAACCUUAACAUGGGGGACAAACUAGACGAAGGAAACUCAGUCUGGAUGUCCCGGCUGCCUGAGGAGCAUCUUGAUGUGUCGCUGUGGAAUUUGGCCAUUCCCGGGAGCCACGACAGCAUGUCCUUCUGUCUGGACGUGUCCUCUCCGGUUUUAGAGUCCGAGUCACGGUUCCUCAAAAUUGUGGACAAAGUCGCUCCCUGUUGGACUCGGCCCUGUGUGUCCCGUUGGGCCACCACUCAGCAAGCGGUGCUGGGUCGCCAGUGUGACCUCGGCAUUCGCUUCUUGGACCUGCGGAUUGCCAGGAAGCCAAAGGACUGCUACGACUUAUUCUUUGCCCAUGGCAUUUAUACGUGGAUUACUGUCAAGGAAGCGCUGGAUGACCUGGCCACCUGGUUGGAUGCUCACCCCAGGGAGGUUGUUAUUGUUUGCUGCUCGCAUUUUGCUAAUCUGACGCUCGGUGACCACACACGGCUCGUCGAGUACCUCAUAUCGCUGUUUGGAACCAAGCUCUGCUGCUCACAGGAUAAUCCCACCCUGCGAUCCUGUUGGUCCAGAGGGCAGCAGGUUAUUGUUUCCUAUGACAACCAGGAGAUGGCGCAGCGUCAUCCUGAAUUGUGGACUGGAAUACCUUACUGGUACGCUGAUAGCCCCGACCCUAACAAGGUGAUUGCUUACUUGGAGGCCCAGAAGCAGAAAGGAAGACCUGCUGGAUUUUACAUCAGUGGCCUGAACCUCACAGAGCAUGCGGCGUACAUCCUCUUUCAUCCUUUCCAGAGCAUGAGAAAAAUGACAACGCAGGCGAUCAUGCUACUGCUUGGCUGGGUGAGGGAACAACGGCCGGGACCUCAGGCGGGCGGUGUGAACAUCAUCUGCUGCGACUUUGUGGAUGUCGCUCAAUUCUGCGACGAUGUGAUUGGCCUGAACUACAAAGGCGGCGUGGACAGAGACAAGACUGGGUGGAUGUAGCACAGAUCGGAGGCUGUGAGACUUUAUGUGCGAGAGGGAGGAGCUACAGGAGGAGCAGAGGAGGGAGUCCAAACAUCGAGAACAGGAUCUCAAGAGAAAAGGCACAGACAAGAAAAAACUGGGAAAGUACUGUAAAGUAUUUGUCUUGGCUGAGCUUUGAGUCAUUUUCAUUUCUGUCUGGUUGCAGACGCACCAGCACAAGCCGUUUAGAUCCAGAGGAAAGCCUGACCAAAAAAUAAUGGCCAUCGCAUUGACCUAACAAUGGGGCUCAAAUAUUUAACAGCUGAAAACUCAGCUUUCAGUAUCAGUGUCUUCAUGCUUGAAGAACUUCCGACCUUAUAAACUCUUUUCUAAAUUGUUUAAGCUGUUGCAGACGUUAUCUCAUCUGAUGUUGUUCAUCUGUUUUCAUCAUCGCUGUGCCAGCCACUCAUGCAGCGCUUGGAACAGAUCAAUAUCUUCUCAAUAGCAUUUCAUAUCAGGGGGUGUGGGAAAUAUAACAAGAGACACACUGCAUUAGAUCAUUCAGGUUUCUUCUCCCGAGUAUUUGAACUUUUGCUCAACGUCUUGCUUAUUUCACGCAGGCAAUCCCUGCUCGGAACAGAUGGUUCACAUUUGAAAUAUCAUUCUUCAUACGCUUUGUUUUAUUCUACGUCUGCUGUGGCAGAAGGACAACACGUCGUCUGACCUGCAGCGCUUUUCACAGCAAACGGUAUUGCUACAUAAAGCAACAACGCCAUCAAGCUUUGUUCAAGCUUUGUUUGAGCCAUCAAGUUAGGCCGGAUCCACCACCACCACCAACCACCAACAGCCAGCCAUCAAGUUAGGCUGGAUCCACCACCACCAACCACCAACAGCCAGCCAUCAAGUAGGCCAGCUCCACCACCAACAGCCAGCCAUCAAGCUUGGCCGGAUCCACCACCACCACCAACAACCAGCCAUCAAGCUAGGCCGGAUCCACCACCACCUGGAUUCAAAGUGACAACUACUGAUGAUAACAUCUUUGACGGAGAGUGACUGCCCAGCGUGACUGCCCAGCUGCGGACCCACAACAACGAUCAGGAUCCCGAACAACUGGGUUGGCCAAGGCCAAAAUAGGUGCAUACCUUCUUCUUGCUGUGUCUCUGUGUUCUGCGGCUGCAUCAACAUGCAUCCUUAAAUAAGAUCUCCCUCGGCCUACUGGUUUUUACUGCUCAUCUUUGCUCUGUUCAUUACAACCCAGCCCUCCUGUGAAACUAGCAGACUUUUGCACUGGCCUGUAACAGUUACCUAUGGGGUUAGUACGCUGGACUUCCCACUAUUGCCCAAUGAUGCUCCCACUUUCUGGAUCACAAAAAAUGCAGGACUAUUCAGACUUUCUGCUUCACACUCCCCACUUUACUGUUUUGUGUUACUGCAGCAAUUCAUUGACUCUCCCCUCCCGUUACCUGGCAAAUUAACUAUGAAAGACAAAAGCAUUAAUCCAAAAUCAUACCUUGGCUCCAUCCUUGGUGCAUUUUAAUUGUUCUUAUGUUACUUAUCUCAGGGAAUAUUCAUCCUAACCCAGGCCCGGCUACCUUUAGUCAUGCUGUCCCUUCCUUGUCAUUUAGAUUUCUGUUAUCGUACAUCUAUGGGCUUUUUACAUAUUACAUCCGUAGCCUGUUACCCAAACUUGACCUGCUGAAAUCAUGGGUUCACACUACUACUCCUGAUGUUCUUGCUAUUUCUGAAUCUUGGCUCAAGAAAAGUAUUGUCAAUCCUGUUAUCUCCAUAGCAGAGCUAUGGACAGAGCUACUAAUGGAGGUGGCGUUGUUUUGUAUGUCAAAGAUCACCUGCAAUGCGCUGUUUUGCUGUCAAAGUCUGUUCCCAAGCUGUUUGAACUGCUAGUUGGGAGUGGGACCAAUCAAAGGGGGGUGGGUGUGCCCGGAAGCAGGCCGUGGCUUGUCAGGCAGUCCAAGGUCAUCUGGGAAAGCCUGCGGCAUUCCCUCGCCUCCCCAGUGAGGAUGGGAUGGAAGUUUGACAUAAGAAUUGUAAAUGCAAAAUUCCCAAAAAGUACUUUUUCUUUAAAACUGUUUGUAGUUGGGAGAAGCCGAUUUCUCCUUCCAUGCUCGGACCUGUUGUUCCUAUUUGGAUGUUUUAUAUUUGCCCAGUUGUUUCCUUGUUUUUCUGAUACAAUGUGGCUUCCUCCUUUGUUGGCUUUCUUGUACGUGGUGUGGCUAUCAUAAAUAGAUCCUAACUCUCCAAGAGUACAACAAGAAUACAACACAACAGUUUGAGGAAGCCCCCUUCAUGUCGGCUUUACACUCUUCUUGAAGUAUAAACCAUUUCCCCGCACAGGAAUGUGAAAUAGUCUCGCUUUUCUUGGUAAAUCCGGUAAGAAAGGGAAAAGAUGACAUCAUUGCAAUUUCAGCUGGCUAACAGGGAAAGAAAACACGUGGUUACAUUUAGCUGAAGGUCAGUGAGGAAAACGUCAGCUUGUGUUUCACGUGUGGCCUGCAACAUCCCAAGGAGUCGACCUCCUGGCAUUGUCUGUAUUUGAUGGGCAGCCACUCUUCUACUCUUCUAGCAUAAGGACAACAUCUACAGGAAGACAAAUGAACAGAACAGGGUCAAUGUUCUUGAGCUGUAAGAAGGGGGGGUGGGGGGCGUUUAGGCCCAUCAGGGACCAUCAGUCAUGAGGCUUCUUUGGAGAACAGGUGACCAAAGCCACAACAGAUUGUUCUGUUUUUUGCGAUUAGCCUCUAAGUCUGACCCGGAAUCUCUGCAAGGUACAGUUCUACUGGGUGUAAAAAACACCUGAUAAUGGAGGCCCCAUUUCCGUUAAAACAGCUGUGACAGCUUUUAUUUCCAACAUCAACAUGGAGACAAUCUCCUCAAGUCGUCAGAGGCUGUGACAGCAACAGAACUACACAAGCCGACCCAGAAAGGAAAUGAAGGAUUAGAGGACGGCUGUUGUCUCUGCUGCUGGGGUCCCAGGACCCUGCUUGUGCUGCUUUGAUGAACCACGGGUGAUCUCUUCCUUUGCCAGCAGAGUCCGUUUAUACUGGCCUGCCGAGCCUCACUGGAGACACGCAGGGCGCUUCUCUGCAGAUCGUGUUGACAGAGUGGGAAGUCAUUGCCGAUGAACUUGUGAUGGCGGCUUGCUGGAGUCUACAGAGGCUGCAUUAGGACCAAUCAGCACCGUAGAAGCUUAAAACCAGUUGAGUUGCUUAGAGAGUUUGGAGCAACAGGGCAAGGCUUCCAAAAUCAACUUGGAUGGAUUUAGCAAGGCUGUAACAAGAUAUUUGAUAUUUAUCAACCCCCAAAAGAUGCAUAAACAGAAUGAAAAGACAAACAUUGUAUGACAGAGGUUGAAUACGUUCUCUGCUAUUCCAAGGUGAAUUAGAUCAUUAGACCAUCUACACAAUCCAUAACCACCAAACUCCUUGGGCCUGGAUACCGUCUGCUCAGACCCUGCCUGGAUAUAAGAUCAUAUUUCUCGACAUGUUUUAGAGCUUCCAGGUUUGGCCAACAGGAACAUUUCAGGAGAACUAGCGGAA